AUGUCUGCUGCUGACAUGGAUCCAAUGAGGACAGAGGAUCAAGCAGUGACUGAUCGAGUGAAAGCCUCGGAAGAGCACAUACUAGAUGUACAGCAUGAGGUGAAGGGCCUCAAAGAAACAGUGCUGCAACUCCUGUCCUCCCUCUCUGCUUUGCUCACUGAGCUAGAUGUUGUUGAGGACCAAAGCCGCAGAGCAAAUAUAAAUAUCAGAGGCAUCCCUGAGCGAACAACCGCACUAUUUUAG